UUUUCAUUCGGCAUAUCUGCUGCGGUUGAUGAAUUUUCAUUAAUUAUUUGAAAGUUAUUCAUUAAAUCGUAUAUAUUUCCAGUGUAGAAGCUUACUAGAAAGUGACUGAAGGGGUCGGUGUGAUCGGAGUAUAAGUUAUAAUUUAUUAACUAGUGUUUUUCGUGUGUUUAUUUGCGUACGCCGUCAUUAGCUUGUGAUCAGGAUGUCCUCAUAUAUAAUCGAAUUUAACAAUCAUAUUCAGUCCUAUUUUGUGAGUAGCACUUACGGAAAUGAAACUCAACUCAUCAAUAGUCUUAGCCAUUUGGCUGUUGUCACCGACCAGCGGGUCUUCGACCUUUCCGUCUAUGGUAACAACAUCUUUUUCAUCAACCUGCACCGGCUGAUGAACGCCGGAAAGAAUAAAAUGGCCUUGCUUUGGGCUGCCGUGUCCGUGCUGGAAGCGGCAUCGAAGUUCGAGGAAACUCGCCAGGCGUUAAUUCGUAAUUUUCAUUACCUCCCGACUUUGGCCUCUUUGCUGAAGGAAAUUCACACCACCGAACAGCAGCAGCGGUUGCUGGCCCUGAUCGAAAAGUUGACCCAUGGAGCGCAGCUCCAAAGCCACGAACCGUACGUCGAAUCGUUGAUUCUCAUGCUGUUGAGUGUGAUGGAGCAGGGCAGUGACCAGAAGGAUAAAAGUGAGCUGAUUACGCUGGCUCUCUCGAUUCUAGUAAACUUGUGUUACGGAAAUUUGCCGAUGACCUACCUGUUGACGAAGAACAUCAGUGUGUCCUCUUUCUGCGGACAAAUCAAACAACUCGGGUUGGUUACGUGCAAGAUGUACAUUAUUCUGGAGAGGAACGACUACAUGAAGGAAAUGGAUCUGCACUAUUUGCUUAAAAUGAGUUUUAAGGAAGUUAAGAAUGUCUUAUCUACGAAAAAUAGUUUUACUCUCCGUCAUGUGGUUGACUAUCUGCAUUACAUUGGACAACUGAAAAAGGACAACUCCAAUGACGAUCACCGAAAGGCUGUUUCUCUGGAGGAUAACUUUUUUCGGGAAAAUUUGAAGGACUUUCUAGAUGAUAUCGAGUGUUACACCAAGGCCCAACAGGCUGAAGGCGGAUUUGGAAAUACCAGAAAAAAGCGAAAAUUAGCCAACGAGAAAAGUAUAAACAAUCCCGGCAGUAGCGAACGGGACGAUUGCAUGGACGUUUUGUUCGAAAUUCUGGCAUGCAUUGUGGACUUGGAACCAAUUGGGGAAACCUUCCGCGAAAGGAUAGCGGACGUAGCAUUGAAGUGGAUUCGGACUAAGCAGAGCUGCUCCUAUGCGGUGGAUUUGCUGCGGGUUAUUCUGGAGAAAAGCGCAAGAGAUGACAAGGAAAGUAAAUGUCCGCAAAAGCUGGUUGAUGCCUGUCAAGAUGUCCUGGACGAUUUGGUGACGAUAGUUCACAAUAAUAGCGAUCCGAUUUUGAUGAUCUCAAUUUCCAAACUGUUGACGACGAUAGUUACCCUACAAGGUGGUUCCAACGCAACCCUGGAUAAGGCAGCGGAACUCUUCUUUAAGCACACAUUCGGAAACAUCUUGAGCUCGUUCAAGUCCAGCCAGAACUUUGAUUUUUCGCUUCCGGACGGUGAAAUCCACGCCUAUCUUUGGGCCCUGCACACAUUUCACGAGUUUGCCAAUGUUUCACCCACUCUGUGGUUUGCCAAAAUGGGUAAUCUACUGAAGCAGAAACCGAUCCACUUUCUGAUUGCCAAAGGUUUGACCGGUGAGAAUUCCGACCUUACGGAAGCUACUUUAAGUGUUACCUCGUCGGUUGAUUUUCCCCGGAAGGAGGUAUCCCACAUGAUUGGCAUGCUGACUUCGAACCGGCGGAUCGUCCCCGGUGAAUCUCAACAGCAAAACAUCGAACGCAGCACCAGCAGGCCAGCCCCACUGGUGGUACCUCCUACGGCGAGUCUCAGCAGGGAUUUGCUAGAACGGAUGGAUCAAACUGUAACGCACAUUCAGGACGCUGUAUCGGCAGGAUCGAUAAACGAUGCCACGCAGGUCGAGCUGAUCGAGUUCUACGACGCCAAGAUACGGAUGGAGGGGCAACUGAUGCACGACCUGCAGAGCACCAUGGAGGGAAUGUCCAAGCAGAUUAACAUGCUGAUGCAUCAGCAUCAGCUACUGACGGCCGAGGUCAACAGGGCGCAGCGAAAGAAUUUGCCGCUGGCGUUGAAGGUUUCGGGACUGCAAGCAGAAAACCGGACGCUGGAAAAGGAACUGAACCAGGUCAAGAGUGCAACCGCGUUCUACGAUAAAAAGAUCGGUCAAAUGAAGCAGGACCUGUCGGACUACAUCAAGAAGUACACGGAAAAGAACCAGCAGUGCGCCAUCCUGACCAAACAGGUCGAAGCCCACCAGUUACGGGAUAGCAACUACGAGAAGGAGAAUAAACGACUGCAGAACUCCCUGGCGGAAAUGACCAAAAACAGCGACGAAUCGCGGCGGUUGCUCAAGGCAGCCGAAGAGGAUCGGCAGAAGUUUUCCGAGCAGAAGGAAAGCGACCGAAAGAUGUACGAGGGUAAGAUUCGCGAACGGGAGCGAGAAAUCAGCAAGCGAAUCGAUCUCAUUCAACAGUUGGAACAACAACUGGCCAAGCGCGACACCAAGCUGGCAUCGCAGGAGAGUGAAUUGAAAGAACUGCUGGCACAGAUUGCCACCAAGAACGACCAGAUCGCGGCGAUCGAAGAACAGCUGAAGGAAAGCGAGAAUAUCCAGAGGGCGAUCUACAGUUUGAUGGACAAGAAGAAGGGCAAGAGUGGCUGAUUAUUGGGGCUGGGUGGGAUUGUGUGAGUGUGUAGAAAUUUAUGUUUAAUUGCAGC